UGGGCUUGUUGACAAAAUUCAAUGCGCACAUGUCCGGUGAGAACAACUUCAUGCAUAUUGCACUGGACAUUGGUCACAAUAUGGUGAUAGUGUUAGAACAGAUAACAAGUCCACCCAGCUAGGCGUGGAACAUUGCACCAUGUCGACACAGUAAUACAUCUACUUGAUUAACCGAAGGUCAGUGUUAAAUAUCACAAUGUUGAAAACCAACACUACUGUCACUCCUGACCUGGAUUUGGUAUAUAAGAAAUGGGAACAGCGUGCCCCAACCUCAGCGCCUACGUCUAAACCAAAGGAGGUCACAGGGCAGUUGACAAGCCGAAUUCUUUGUGAGGGGAGGCAGCGCUGGACAGACAAAUUUGGGGAUAGUGUGCGACCAGUACGUCACAGAAAAGUUCGAGAGCGAAGGAGAGCUACGUCAGCUUCGACAGUAUCGGUUUCUUCCAGACUUAUAGCCCAAUUUAAGACCACACCUAUUGUGACAGCAGAUACUCUGAGAGUUGUCCGCCCUUUCAUGGGUCAAUGCUGUGCAUGUCUCCCUGACAGCAAGGUUGACCUUAUAUCCAGCACCACAGCAAGUUUAGGGAUCCGGGAUAUCCUCAAUGUGAAGACAGAACUGAGGUCCGGUGGCUGGUUGGAGUCUUCGUUUGACCAGCUGGUGUACAGUCUGAGGAGGAAGACCAUACAUAAAUACCCGGAAGUAUCACUGGCCGUUCUUACCUGUAACAGAGUCAAAGAAGCUUUGCAGCAGCAGAAUGAAGAAGCGGAGGAAGGUGUGGGACAGAUGCUGCCUGGAGAUGUUGGUGCCAAGAACUUGCUCUGUGGAAUGCAGGCAAAAAUCUCAAACAGGCUUUUACGACUUGCCGGCUGGUUCCUGCUGAAGUUCCUAUCCUAUUUCCUGCACAGUGUCCAAAUACACAAAGGACAGUUGGAGAUGGUGCAAAAAGCUGUCGCGAGAGGAAAUCCUGUGAUCUACAUUCCCCUACAUAGAAGUCACCUUGACUACAUAUUGGUGACCUUCAUACUGUGGAACUACAGCAUCAAGGCUCCCUACAUUGCCGCUGGUGACAACCUUAGGAUGCCAAUCUUCAGCUCCCUAAUCACUGGACUGGGAGGAUUUUUCAUCAGACGUAAGCUGGACAAGAAGGUCGGUAGAAAGGAUACAGUGUAUCGGGCAGUGUUACACUCUUACAUGCAGGAGUUACUGAAGAGGGGAGAGGCUCUGGAAUUUUUCAUUGAAGGCGGACGUUCACGUACUGGCAAGGCGUGUCAACCUAAAGGCGGACUGGUGUCAGUGGUUGUGGAUGCUCAACUAAAUGACAUAAUGGAGGAUGCUUAUAUUGUACCUAUCAGUAUAAACUACGAGAAGAUCCUAGACGGAAACUUUAAUCACGAACAGAUGGGUCUACCCAAAGUAAAGGAGACAUUUAUUGGUACCUUGAAGGCAAUCUGGCGCGUCUUCUGUAGUGACUUUGGAAGUGUGAGGGUGGAAUUCUGUCAGCCUUUCUCCCUCAAGGAGUAUCUUUUGAAGAUCCAGCCUGUGCAGGUCUCGCCUCCCAACAGUGGUAGUGACUUAUCGGGCCAGGAAAGCCCUCCCGAGUCACCCCCUCCCAUUCACAAGGCAGGCAGUGUUAGCUCGCUUUUCGGUACCGACAUCAUGGUCGAGGAUCAGAGACAUGCGAUCAAACAGUUGUCGGAACACAUCGUACACACCUGCGUCCACGCUACACCAGUGAUGUGUACCAAUAUGUUGGCUUUCCUCCUCCUUACCAAACACAGGGAGGGGACAAGCAUGAAGCAGUUAAUACAAGAUUUUGAUUGGCUGAGACAAGAAAUGAAAAAUCGUAACCGGGAUGUUGCAUUUGUGGGCAGCUCAAGUGAGGUCACACACUAUACAUGUGCUCUCCUGGGCACCAACUUGGUUCAGAGGUCCAGCACUAGUGACUGUGACGACUGGGUGGAACCAGUGCUGAGUCUACCUACUGUGUUUGAGCUGAGUUAUUACAGUAAUACACUAGUAUCAGCCUAUCUACUGGAGAGUGUGCUAGUUUGCUCUGUGAUAUACCACUGUGAUAUUGGGCUGUUUGUUCCAAGUCAAUCAAGGACUGCCGACGUCAUGUCUGCUUCCACGGACGAUAUCAUGGACACAGCCUGUGAAAUAUGUAAACUGCUCAGAUAUGAAUUCAUAUGUAUUCCGCCGUGUGAUAAACUUGAGGAGACACUUCUAGAAACUCUACAUCAUCUGAUCUCCCGCGAACUCUUCAAGUCUCGAGACCAACAGAUGAGUGCAAACAUUGACCCUAUCAAUGCACGGAUGUCAAAGCAGUUUGCCGAGGUUUGCUGGGAGGAUGAAGAGAUCGACGGAGGAAUCUUCCAGGAGCAGUUCAUUAAGGCUAACAUGGAGCGUCGUGACUGUGUCGAGAACAUGGUGUUCCUUCACCACGUACUGGCACCAUUCCUCGAGUCGUACCUGUUGACUGCACGUCAAAUAAACACCAACCUCACUACAGAGCUGCCAGAGAAUGAUUUCCUGCAGAGUGUACAUGCCUUCGCCAGGACCAGAGUAGAACAGGGGAUAGCUGGGUAUGCUGAGAGUGCUGCUUUCGAGUCCAUAAAGAAUGCACUUAAGGCAUUCCAGGACGUUAAAAUCAUUGACUGCUAUUACGCCGGGAAUAUAAGGAUGGUCGAGGUUAGGGACCACUUUGAAGUUCGCGACAAAAUCAACAAUUACAUCGGGUUGCUUGAAAGUCUACAGGAGUAGGCUACAUCAAUACGUGUCGUUUUACUGGAAGUACUUGUUUCGGAUCAUUUAGAUUCUAUUUUGCAUGAAAGUACACUUUGAAUGACGAGAAGUCGUGUUCUAUGUGUAUUAUUGUGUAUAGAACGGCUGUUGUUGUGUGGACAUGCUAUAAGAAACAAACAAUUUUGUUGUGAUGAUACACAAAUGAUAUACACAGUUACAAAUCUACUGGAUUUUUGUAUGAUUUGCAAAUGUGUUGAAGCGAACAGGUGUAUUGUAAAAUGUUGAUAAACACAUGAAAACAAAAUCUUGCGAAUGUCCCCAAGUAAAUCUUGGUCUCCACAUCAGAAACAAGUUGAAGCACAAACCCAGUGUCACUACUUAGCGGUGUUUAACUUGGGUAUUUAUUAGUUUGCUUGUGCAGUAUUCCAUUCGUUGAAUUUUGUUUACAUUCAAUCCUAAAUGCAUUUUCAUUCAUAACCAAUUUUCUAAUAUUUAUUGAGUACCAUAGAAAGCUAUAGAUACUUUUAUAUAAUUGAAUCUUUGUAACCGAACAGAAAGUGGAGAUUAUCUUACAAGAGAGACAGCAAUGUUUUUUGCGAGGGUAGUUGUGUAUGCAUUUGUUAUGAGAAAGCUGGAAUCUUUGAAUACAUACUCUUAUAUUUCUGUCGGUUAAAUACCGACUUUCUGUGUGUUAUGGUAUCAGUUGUGCUAAUACAGAUAUUAUUAUUAACAAAUUCACCCCUGAAAUUUCAUAAUGAACUAUUCCAACCUUUGAAUUUGAAAAAC